CCGCCUCACGCUUGACCCUUGUCUUAAAUCUUCACCCUUCAACUCCGUUUCCUGCUUUACCUUCUUGUCUACUCUACAUCAUCUUCUUUUCUCAUGGACUCAAGAACUCCUCCUCGAGGGCUACCUCGCAUGACUGGAUUUAGCAGAGUCUAUCGAACCAACCUAAGACCUGUGGUCCUUGCUGUUGCCGGCUUGAGUGCGCUUUGGUCGCUCUUUGCUGGCAUUGGCUAUUUCCGCAGCAUCAAUACCGACAAGCAACAGGGCGUCCCGAAGCUGGGGACAUUUGCCCUUAUUGGGGGAGCGAUCUAUAUGGUUUUAUUCGUUAUGGAGGCUUUCGGUGUAUUCGCGGCUGCGGUGCAACGGCUGGCCCUGGCUCGGAUUUACGCCCUUCUCUCCCUCGCGAUUGUUGCCCUGACAGCUGGCGUUGGGAUCUUCCAAAUCGUGAUUCACUUUACAUCUAAAUCGGACAUCUUGAAGGAGUGCACCAGCCUUAACACCGGAGAUGGUUUCGUUGUCUAUCCCUUUGGCUUCUUCGGGCCAUCGAGACACGACACUCUCAGUGCAGCCGAUGCUGCGGAUUGGUGCAACAAUGAGUACGAGCGCAAUUCAUGGCAGGAUAUUGUUUCCGUUCUGGUUCUGAUCGGCCUGACAAGUUUCUUCGCUAUGCUCGCCUGGGGCUUCUAUCACCAGCUCCAAGACCCUACCAGCGUGCUCAACUUCUCUCGGGCGCCCUCAAACCAGGUCCGGGUCAACUUCCCCACGCAUUACAACCCGCCGUACAACGCAUCAGUCCCUAAUCUCGGAUAUUCGUACAACCCUGGUCAGGCAACUUAUGCGCCUCCUCCUGGACCGCCCCCUCCUCCGGCAAUUCCUACCGAUACCAAGCCCCCGGGGUACCUGGAGGCAGGUGACAGUAAGGAGAAUCCCUUUGCCGAUUUUGAUGAGGUGGAACACGACGUGACCAGUCGGCCGGCCCCUGGUGGACGAGACAAGUUCCAAGUAUAACUUUGAUCACGAUGUGGAUGGACCAAUUCAGUUGUAUUAUGCUACUCUGAUGUAUUGUAUGCUACAUUUACAUACCUACUUACUUACGAACUUGUUCAUGGAUGUUUCAUCAGUUCGUGAGAAUUCUUUCGGAGAGGAGCUGCGCGAAUUUCCCAAAACGGCAAGGCGCGUCGCUGGCAUUACCCUUUCCUUCAGACCAUCACCGGCCGCUCUUUCGUUUUAUCGUACUAAAAUGCCUCCAUCGUCACCGCCGUCGACGGCAGCUUCGAAGAUGCAAGUGGCUGGGGUAGUCAGUUUCUAUCUCGUCGCAGCCCUCGCGAUGGUCAUGGCCAACAAAUGGGUGCUGAACGAAACACCAGCCCCGCUGUUCUUCCUGGCGACCCAGAUGUCUAUCGCGGUCGUCCUUUUCCUCAUCACAGACUCGCUGCGCAUGCUUCCGGACCGACUGGUGUUCGAGACGAAGCACUGCAAAGGGCUCGUCGCCAUGGUCGGCUUGAACGUUAUCGGACUGAGCUUCAGCAAUUAUACUUUGAAAUACGUCGACGCGUCUUUCUACCAAGUCGCGCGGGGCCUGGUUCUGCCGUUCACCGUCUGUGUUUCCGGCGUCGUGCUGCACACGCGGCCCUCGCUCCGCAUCCUUGCCUCGUGCGCUAUCGUGACUGCCGGGUUCUUCUGUGGUGUCCUGCUUGACGGAACGUCCGUGUCCAUGAUCGGUAUCGGGUUCGGCGUCGCUAGUUCGACAAUCACGGCGACGCACUCGGUUGUGAUCAAGCAGAGCCUCAAGCUCGUCAACGACAGCACUAUCUUGCUUUCGUGGUACACGAACCUUCUCAGUGUGUUCGUUAUGGCCCCUAUCAUUGUCCUCGUGGAAGGGAGCAGAGUGAUGAAGCUGCUGUUCGAGCCCCAGGCUCCGUCUACCGUCGGCGGCAUGACCCCCUUGAGGACAUUCGUCAUUGGAUCUCUCUUGACCGGCACCGUCGGCUUCAUGAUGAGUCUCGCCAGUCUGUUAUCAAUCAAGGUCACUUCGCCGAUCACGCAUAUGGUUUCCUCUGCCGUGCGCGGCGUCGCUGCGUCCCUUCUCGGUGUCUGGCUUUUCCACGACAUCAUCACGACCGGGCGAGCUACAUCCAUCGCCACGAUUCUCGGGGGAUCGCUUUUGUACACGUGGUUCAAGCACCAGGAAACGGAGGCUGCGAAACAGGGCUACGACCGCGUCCCUAUGUCGGAUCUGGAGAGCGGGAAGGGUGGCGGGAAACAGCCACCGGAGUAAACUAGACAGCCGUUGGUUCUGGACGUUGUGUUACUGUUAUCGCUGGCUUUUAUGUAGAAAAUACUGGCACCGGACGCAUGCCAUCUAAUCCAUGUUCGUACUUAGACUUGUUGUACUGGGCAUACCGAGCGGCUGCGCCGGCAGGAUCUCAGCAAACCUCGUUAUAAUGGAGAAUCAGCAGUCGGUUCGUUCGUUCCA